UUCAAGGGCUAGUAUUAGGUUAAAUGAACAUGUUAAAAAUGUUUAAAUUAAUAUUUAGUUUGAGUUUUCUUAUCGUCGGUAUUAAGUCGGCUAAAAUAUUAGGAAUAUUUCCGAUACCUUCGAUAAGUCAUCAAGUGGUGUUUCGCCCUGUUAUGCAAGAACUAGCUAAACUUGGACACGAAGUUACAGUGAUAACAACAGAUCCAGCAUUUCCCAAGGAUCAUACUCCUCAAAAUCUUACAGAAAUCGAUAUUCAUGAUAUUUCAUAUGCGUACUGGAAUAAGAUGCUUGCUGAACUAGGACGCGAGAAAGAUGCUCUUGUAAUGAUGAACUUUUUUGUCAAGACGGUAGUAAAAUUAAGUAAAAUACAGUUUCAAACUCCAGUUAUUCAAAAAUUUUUUCAUGAAACAAAAAAAAUUGACUUAAUAUUGGUAGAAUCUUGGGUACGUCCAUUUUUAAUUUUUUCUCAUAUAUAUAAUGCACCUGUAAUCGAAUUUAGCUCUUUAGGCAGCUACAGUUUCAAUUUGGAUAUAGUAGGCGCUAAAACACAUCCCUUUCUUUAUCCUGAUCUGUUUCAUAGAAGGAUUUACAAUAUGACUGUAUGGGAAAAGAUAAAUGAAUUAUAUUUACACUAUUCGAUAAACAGUAUUUUUGUAAAAAUAAAACCUUUAGAAAAUGAAAUAUUGAGGGAAAUUUUUGGUCCAAGCGCACCUAGUAUAGACGACAUAAGACAGAACGUUCAGAUGUUAUUUUUAAAUGUACAUCCUAUUUGGGAUUUCAACCGACCAGUUCCACCAAAUGUAGUGUAUUUGGGAGGCCUGCAUCAGAAACCACAACGUGACCUACCUCAGGAUUUGAAAUCUUACCUCGAUUCUUCAACAAAUGGUGUUAUAUAUAUAAGUUUUGGUACAAAUGUCAAACCUUCAAUGCUUCCGGCGGAAAAGUUAAAGAUAUUUACUGAUGUAUUUUCUAAACUUCCUUACGAUGUGUUGUGGAAGUGGGAUAAUGAUGAGAUUCCAGGACGUUCGAAAAACGUAAGGAUUUCAAAAUGGUUACCACAAUCUGAUCUGCUACGACACCCGAAAAUCAAGCUAUUUAUAACACAAGGAGGCUUACAGUCAACGGAUGAAGCUAUCACUGCAGGAGUUCCUCUGAUUGGUGUACCGAUGCUAGGAGACCAAUGGUUUAAUGUUGAGCAUUAUGUAAAGUUAAAUAUAGGCGAACGUAUUUUAAUAGAUAAAAUGACAGAAGAUGAGCUAAUAAUCACUAUUACAAAAGUAAUUAACAAUAAGAGCUAUCGAGAAAAUAUAGUAAAGCUGAGCAACAUUAUGAAUGACCAACCCCAGAAACCGCUGGAGCGCGCCGUGUGGUGGACGGAGCACGUGCUGCGUCACGGCGGACGACACCUGCGCGCGUCCGGUGCGGGCGUCAGCCGGACCGAGUACUACGAGCUGGAACUGGUGUUACUACUGAUAGCUUCUCUUGCAGUAGUUUCCAUUGCCACUGUAUUAGCGACAUGUUUUAUUGUCAAUACCAUAAGACGUUACAUCCGUGUUAAAGUUAAGGUUAAUUAAUAAAUAAAUUUAGUAUCUUACAUAUGGAUCAUAUCACAA